CAUUGUCUCUCCAGUUUUUGGCUGUGUUUUUAUUGGUUGGAGAAAUGCAAGAGCAGGCCACGAGUUCUAUCGCCGCCAGCUCUUUGCCUUCGAGCAGUGAGAGGUCUUCUAGCUCUGCCCUUCACGCCGAAGUUAAAGAAGGUUUUUUUUUUUAUCUAUUUUUUCUGCUGGUGGGGUCUAGUUUGCCGCAUUGUUCAGUUGGGUUCACCACGAGAUGCUCUGUUUUGGCAUGGAGAGUGAUGAUGAGAUCAGAAGAGUGCCGGAGAUGGGGGCGGAAGCGGCUGUUACGAAAGCCCCUGGCCGGGAUGGGGGUUCGGCUGUGGGGCCCACUCAGCCGUCAGCAGGGGGCUCGAAGAGGAGAGGGAAGAGCCCUGCUGACAGAGAAAACAAGCGGUUAAAAAGGUUGUUGAGGAAUAGAGUCUCAGCCCAGCAAGCGAGGGAGAGGAAGAAGGCAUACUUGAUCGAUUUGGAGGCUCGAGCUAACGAGUUGGAAACUAAGAAUGCUGAGCUUGAAGAGAGGCUCUCAACUUUGCAAAAUGAGAACCAAAUGCUCAGACAGAUACUGAAGAACACAACUGCAGGCGCGCAAGAGGGAAGAAAGUAGGUACGCGUUGUUCGGAUGUUGGAUGUGAACUGAAGAAUGAGAGGUGGGCUAAAAGAGUCCCUUCAAGGCAAGUUGUGUUGGAUCCCCACACACUUGUCGGUUGAGACGGGUUGCUUUGUCAAGCUAUUCAAGGUGCUAGGUUCUUCUCCGGUUGAUGAUGGUAUGCAGUUAGAUUAUUGUAGGAUGCAUUAGCUGCUGCUAUAGCUAGAGUUGUUGUAAGCAUUUAAUGGUAGAGAGAUAAGGUUGCCAUAAUUUAUGGGAUGAAAUAGUAUGUUCUCUA